AUGCCCAUCUUCCGUACAUUGACGACCAAAAUCAAAACCUCGCUCUCUCCAUCUUCUUCUCCGGAAACAUCACCAGAUGGAUCGCCCACCUCACCGCAAGUGUCUUCCUUCGAGAGGAUCAGCGGGCGCAAAGAAGGCGGUGUGAGUGGAGCGGUCAAGCGACCCGAAGUACAGACCAGAGUCGACUCCUAUAUGACUCAAGGAAGCAAUGCCAGCAACGAGAGUGUAGAGGAGAAGAAGCAGCGCAGGCUGAGUCGGUUCAGGGAAGAACUAGACUUCGAGGCUGAGGAUUGA